CAGGGCGCACACACUGUUUAUACGGACGACGUACGCGCGCGCCACACGGUCGAUCGGAAACGUUUUUCGUACGAGUCGGAUUACGAGCUUUUUUUUUAUUUUUGAACACAAAAUAUUAUAAUAUUCAAAUAUUACCGUCGAAUCGGUUUUUUUUUUAAUCUUCUCUCCGUCCUUCUCUACCGCCGUCAAUCCGUUUCGAAAUUAACUGCUGCGCGGUCGACGUCGAUUUCGGUCUGUGUUUCGAGUUUAUUAUUAUUAUUGUUAUUUUAAAUAACCGUCGAGUUCUCCUUGACAAAAUAAACCACCAAAAAAGAAAAAAACGUACGACUGUAGCUGUGAAGACGGACGGAUCUUCGGACGAUUUUCCGCCGGUCAAUCGAGUGCGUUUUCCAAAUCUCAAAUUUCUCAUAUUUUUGGAUCAACGGACCAUGUGCCCUGAGAAAAAUUGUCACAACGACCGACGUUAAAGAUGACUGUCAAAUGGUGGUCCGUGCUGGUCGCGCUGGCGUGUUGCUCGAUCCACCGCACCGUCAUGUGCACGUCCAUCCAGCUGGACUUACGGCCGGUGCCAUCCAACGACCCUGGCGUCGUUGAUCUCAUCGAGAGUGUCAAUCCGGCGCUGGACCCCAGGCCCGCCGACCUAAAUGUCACGGCGCUGUUGGCCAAGCUGGCCGCCAAGUUCGACCCCAAAUGCAUGAGCGUCACAGCCCCUGAACAAUUGGUGCCCGCCCCCGACAUACCCUUCAGGAGGAAUCGACGAGGCCGACUGGUGCCCAUCGGUAAGAUGCCGACUGAGAUCCGAGAGCUGGACACCAAAUUCUUCUCACUUCCGGACGGCCGGCGGCUCCGAACCCGGAUAUCCAGUCAACUGCGCCGGAAGAUCCAGCAGUACCUCUGGGGCCGGACGGCGUGCCCGGUAAACAGACAGUGGAAGGACCUGGGCCAGCGGUUCUGGCCACGGUGGCUGCUCGAGGGUCAUUGUCCCAAGGGCGAGACAUCGUGCUCGGUACCUUCGGGCAUGUACUGCCGAGCCACCGGAAACCAGUACAAGACGCUGUUGAGGUGGUAUUGCCGUCAGCCCAAUGUCCCGUCGGCCGCAUUGCAGUACAACAGUCUGCCGGGCACGAAGGCGACGGCGUCGGUGGUCAACCAGAUGAAGGUGUGCCAGUGGAUCAAGGUGGAGUACCCGGUGGUGACCGAGUGCGGUUGCGGUUGCGCGACCGACGUCUCCGAGUGACAUGGCUGGGCAGCACCCACCUGCAGGGGUGGAACGAAACUAAAUCAUAUUAUUAUUUCAUUGUAUACGAGUGGUAUACCUUAUAUCAUUAUUAUUUUUCUCCAAACAUUUAUUAUUAUUAAUUUUUUUUUUUACGAGUCGGACGACUUGUCGCACACUACUAGUCUUAAUAUAAUAAUAAUGUACGAAACACGGUUUUUUUUUAACGACCAAUUAGUUGUUAAGAAUUUCAUAUAUUUAUAAUAUUAUGCUAAUUGUUUAUAAUGUUACGUGUACACCGUCGUCCAUAUCGUCAGUCCCGACGUAUCAUACUAUGUAUAAUAUUAUCAUUAUGUUUUAUUAUUCAAAAGAGGAGAUCGCAUAAUAUGUCAUAAUAUAUUAUACUAUUAUUACCUAAGAUCGUCUUUCCGACACAGGGAGACAUCUAGUAUAGAUUGGACAGCUAUUAUAAUAGUAUCGACCAGUGAUAUAUUAUUGCUCCAAACGAUCAAUUUUAUUAUUAUGUAAUAAACAUAGCUGCAGUGCGUAAUACGCUAAUACGCACAUCGAUCAAUCGGUCGGCGUUAUAUCGCCAAGUUGUUCGAUCACAACUCUGGGAAUUAUCACUUCGGUUACUGGUAGGUGCGCAUGUGUGGUCGUGUAACACCACCGGCGUUUAAGUAUUUUUACCGACACUCCCCCUCCCCAACAACUACGAUUCAAUGUCAUUAUAAGUUAUGACUGUUUCUACUGUAUAUCAUAUUAUAUACAAUCCUAUUAAACGUAUUAAACGUCGAUUUAGAAUUAAUUUAUAUUAAUAUACUGAUGCACCCGUUGCGUCGUAACAGACACGAUCAUUCGACAGUUUUUUUUUUAAAUAUCACUCUCUCUCACGUAUUAUUAUUAUUACUAUCAUUAUUAUUAUUAUUAUUAUUAUUAUUAUUAUUAUUAUUAUUAUUAUUAUUAUUAUUAUUAUUAUUUCAUCAUCAUCGACAUUCUUUGAGGUUUACAUAUCAUAUCGUUUUACAUAUAUUUUAUACCAUCGAGCGAAAUUAUUGGCAGAAAAAAACAUACAAAAUACGAGUAAACUUGAGGUUUUUUAUU